AUGGCUUCCCAGGGCCCCCAGCCCAAUGCUGAGCUCCUCCAAGUCCCCAUCUCCAGGGGAUGCAGCAGCAGCUCUUCCUCGACUCGUGGCCAGUUCCGCUGCAAGGACCUCGGUCGGGGCUCUGGCCUGGGCAAGACCCCCGUGGCGGCGGAGGGUCCCAGCUGCUGCCUCCCGCGGAACGUGCUGAGCGAGAGGGAGCGCAGGAAGCGAAUCUCAGCGAGCUGUGAGCGCCUGCGGGCACUUCUGCCCCAGUUCGAUGGCCGGCGGGAGGACAUGGCCACCGUCCUGGAGAUGUCGGUGCAGUUCCUGCGGCUGGCCGGCAGCCUGGUACCCAGCCGGGAGCCGCACGCUGUUCUUGCUCCUUCCAAGGAGAUAUGGCACCAGUGGCAGAAGGACAUUUUGCAGCUGGCCCUGGCGAGUCAGACCCUCGCAGGUGCAGCAGACGUCGGGAUGGGAGCACCCAGUGUGAUCAUGCAGCAGGCCCCCCCAAGCUGUGCGGCCACGGGUGUGAAUGAGGGUGAGGCCCCCACAGGGGUAGCCGAAGUGCUGGACAAGCCAGUGGCCCUGCCUGGACCUCCCAGCCUGGUGCCCGGGGCCCCUACCCUGAGUGCCUCCAAGGACCCACGGCUGUCCCAACCCUGGCCUCUCCGCUCUCAGCCACCGACCUCCACGCUGGUGAGCGAAGAGGCUCUGAGCUGCCUGAGCCAGGCUGGGCCCCUGACCCAGGGGACUGACAGGGCUGUGACUCCAGACCCCAGGUGUGUUUCAGGAUGCGACGCGGAAGACGGGGUGUCCUUCCUGCUGACUGCCAGUCCAGACUGGUGGGAGGGGUCGCUGGAGGGCAGAGGUGGCGGUGCCCCCUCUCGUGCUCCAGCCAGGAGCAGCCCACUGGACAGGGCAGAGCUGGGCUUCCUUGCAGACCCUGAGCCCGGCUCCCAGGAGCCUCUGGACGGCCCGCUGGAGGCUUGGGGCUCCGACGUGGGGUGCCCCAGCCUGGCCCUUCGGGAAGAGGUGGACAGCAUUUUCCCCGACUUCUUUACCUGCUAG